CGUAUACUUCUAUCCAACACGUUCGACAGAGGACUGCAACAUUAGACGCUGUUUCCUGUCCUAGACCCAACUCUGAAGUCCGUGCACGUCUUCCAGUCUGCAAAUCUCGCACGCAGCAUCCGGCUACAGCAUUCUGUCCACGCCUAUCGCAAUCAUGAUCGUGAUGUCAUGGGCGAAGACUCAUUUCACCCACCCUCUGGUACUCAAAUCGUGCUUAAAUAGAUCUGGAACUCUUAUGCAUGUACGUGCUCGGAACAAUUGGGCCGACCUGAGCUAUGAAGACCGCAAGGUUGAUUCAGAGCGAGUUGCUGGGAUAUACACACGUCUCUACUGGAAUAAUCCUGCAUUUCGUGAAAGAAGGAAGCAGCAAGCCACGGCCUGGAAUGCUGCUCGGAAACAUAGCGAGGAAUACAAGAGAUACCAUGCGCUUAGACGUUGGUGUCUGAAUUACCCCUGGGUGAGGGAUGAGCUACCCUGGAAAUCUCAUCGGCCUAUCCUCUAUCAAGAGCGCACUCAGCACACCUGUUUUAGUUGUCAGUGGGAUAGGCGUUCGGGCAUGAAGCUGUGGUGGAAGGCUAUUGGAGGUAAAGGCGACGCCGGAUUUCUGUGCCAAACUUGUUACGCGAGGCAAGACUGGAACACAGCAAUGCCAACAGGCUUCGAGGAUCUCAGACGACUGAACGAAAUCGCCGCCAGGAAGAAGCAGCUCGACGAAGCAGCUCGAUCUGUCUCGUCCCCUCCCAAGGCUUGAUUCUUUUGCUGACAUAUCCGGCCUAAAGGACUUUAUCCUAAGCAGAUCUGGUCACGCAUGAAAUCAUUAAUCUUUCAACCUAGAUCUUGUUUUCGCCCAGCCGCGCUACUGCUGUGGGACCAAGGAAACGUCGAGUAUUCCAGUCUCUGGCGUGAGAAUACAGACUCUGUGAGACCGGACAACACUUUUCACCAUCCAUAAAGCUAUCCCGGGGAUGCGAAGGCGGACAUCGCUAUGCAUACACACGGAUUUGUGUUUGUGAUAAUCUUUGGCUCACAGGGAGUAGCACCUAGCUAUUUGAUCAAAUUUUUGCAUCGAGCUGGCAGAGCAUGUCGAGUCAGCAUGCU